CGACACGAUUAUUGAUCCAAUUGUCAACCUGAAAUACAUGUUGUGGGUAGAACAAUUUGAUGGAAAAUAAAUAAUAAUAAAAGACAUUUACAAUGCCGCUUUUUGGACGUAAAGGCGACAGUGACAAGAAAGAAAAAGGAAAAGACUGUGAUAUUAAAAAGAAAUAUGAUUUAAAGGAAACGCUUGGAACAGGAGCGUUCUCGGAAGUGUUGUUGGCUGAAAGCAAGACAGAGCCCGGUAAAUUCGUAGCAGUUAAAUGUAUAGACCGCAUGGGCAUUGUGGGCAAGGAAGAGUCCCUUAGCAACGAAAUAGAAGUGUUACGAAGAUUAAAUCAUCCAAAUAUAGUGACGCUGACAGACGUGUUUGAAGACAAGAACUAUGUAUACCUUGUGAUGGAACUAGUCACUGGCGGUGAGUUGUUUGACAGAAUCAUGGAGAAAGGCAGCUACACAGAGCGUGAUGCCAGUCAUCUCAUUAAACAAGUCCUAGAGGCUGUAGACUAUAUGCAUGACAAGGGAAUAGUGCACAGAGACUUGAAGCCAGAAAACUUGCUAUACUAUAGCAAUGACCCAGAUUCAAAGAUCAUGAUCAGCGAUUUCGGGUUAUCAAAGAUUGAAGAUUCUGGGACCAUGGCAACUGCUUGUGGAACCCCCGGUUAUGUUGCCCCAGAGGUAUUAGCUCAACAACCCUAUGGAAAAGAAGUAGAUUGCUGGUCAAUAGGUGUCAUAGCGUAUAUACUGUUGUGUGGUUAUCCCCCUUUCUAUGAUGAGAACGAUGCAGCAUUGUUUCAACAGAUCCUGAAGGCAGAGUUUGAGUUUGAUUCACCUUACUGGGACGACAUUUCUGAGUCAGCCAAGGAGUUUAUUCGCAACCUGAUGUGCAAAGACCCUAAGAAGAGGUUCACCUGCAAGCAAGCCAUUUCAUUUCCAUGGAUAUCUGGCAACACAGCUCUUGACAAGGACAUUCAUGCCUCAGUCAGUGCACAGAUGCAGAAGAACUUUAUCAAGAGCAAGUGGAAGCGUGCCUACAACGCAACAGCAGUCAUACGACAGAUGCGCAAGCUCGCAAUGCACAAGGAUGAUCAAAACAACGCACAUGUACCAAAAUAGUGGCCACCGGUGCCUGAAUGGUCGCUGAGUUGUGAGGUGAAGUCGUGUACCAGGUGUCCGAGAUGUUCACAUCAAAAUUGACAUGCAGAAUUACCACGGUCUGGUCGCAAUGAGGACUGGUUGAAAAGAUUUUUGUGUUUUGGCGGGAUAUAUUUUUUGUCUCUGGUGUCAAAUCUUGACACAGUCUGUAUUAAGUACGUUAUUUUUAAUGGAUUCUUUGGAUUGCUGCAAGAUACAUAUUUUGGAAAAAGAACAAUUUAAUCUCAGAGUAAAAACGUGGCAUUCUCUAUUAUGCAUUUAGUUAAUAGUUUACUUGAGUGACCAUGUUAUAUUACUAUUGUAUCAUUUGCGCAAGUUUAAUGACUUAUUAACAUAUUGGUGAAGUGUGUGUUGAUGGGGAUUGAGAUUUUAAUGUGUUGAAAAUACUUUUUGUUAUGCUAAAGUAUGAAAUUAUAAAAAUAUGGAAACAUAUAUAUAUGAACAGAUACAUAGCACUACUAUGUAGCACUGGGUAUUGCACAUGGAAGAUUAUUGAUGUUGUAUAGUUAUGAAGCAUGCCAUGACAUUUCUUUUAUCAGUAUAGUUUUUUGCUUUUGUGUUUUCAACAAUAUUUUGUACAGUUUUUUUAACAUCCCUUUGCCAAUCUGAUUGUGUGAUUUAGAUAUUAUUAUUGCAUUUAAAUUUUGCCAGGUCAUAUAAAUAGUCCCUUAACUUAUUACAGAGCUCCAUAUAAAGAUUAUAUCUAAAUGGUUUUAUAUUAUUGUUAAAGGGUAUUUUACUUUUUUGUUUCAGCCAUAAAGGGUAUUGAGGAAUAUUGAGGGGAUUUUACAUUUUCAUAAAAGCUGACAUAGUACGUCAUGUCAUGUUUAAUCUAGAAAUAUUAUAACUUGUUAUUACUAAAUGCAAACAGAAUAAAUUUUAAAUGAUAAAAUGAACAGACUUUCUUUACAAUAUUAAACUUACUUUUGUUGUAUUUCUGUCUUGAUUGGGUCUUUCUUGCAUAUAACUUGUGUUGUAUCUCUGUCUUGAUUGGGUCUUUCUUGCAUAUAGUAUUUAUGUAGUACAUUAAUGUCAUUUCACAAUUAAAAUAAGUUAUGGCAUGGCAUGUGUAAUUGAAAAUAAAGUAACACUGCCUGUGGUCUAUGAAAGUUAACUAUUAACUUCUACUCUAAAAAAUAGUUUUUACAAUUCUAGAAGCAUCAUAAGAUCAUCUCUUUUGACAUAUUUAAAUAUACCUCCCACAGGCGCUGCUGCUAUAAAAAUGUCCUUUAAUAACAUCCCUUUUUUGAUCCACAAACACCAUGAGGUAAGGAUAACUUACACUAAAAACUCAACUGGAUUAUUAGUUAAACCGUUUGCGCACUUUAAUCAAUGAAAAAAACAUAACAACAUUUUAUUGCAUGAUGUUACAUACUGGGCCUUUAUAUAUAUAUAUUUUUCAAGCCGUAAGUACACAGAUAUCCAUCUUAUCUGGAGCUCUGGACUUAAUGGUCAUGAAAAAAACAAUGCAGGGUUAUUUAGAGAAUUUUUUUUUUUUUAACAAAUGAAAAAUUAUCAGUUUAAAGAAUUAAAGAUCUCAUUUUUUACAUUUAUACUUUUUCCUGACCUUAUUUUCCAAACCAUUUAUUGUUAUUAAUGAAAUACUUUUGCUGUUCAUUGUUGUUUCUUUUGUCGAAAAAAUAUUAUUUAAUUGAAUGCAAUAUACCCGGUACAUGUACCGGUAGUUCUUAAAUUAUGCCAAAGAUUUGUUCUUUUCCAUCGCUUGAUUAUGGUCUUCAUCUAUUCACUCAUUGCUUUAAUAUUUACAAGAUAUUAGCUGCUUUUGUACUUAUUGCUUUUUGCUUGUUUUUAUUAUUACAUUGUUGGAGCUUUUUGAAAUGAUCACAUUAUGUCCCAAAAUGAGAUUCAUUAUUUCAUGAGCAUAGAUACAUGUGAUAUGUACUGGAAUUGAUGACAUGUUUGUACCUGAAGAAAAUGUCGCAUAAUAAUCAUAUUGCCACUAAUAAGUACUCUAACCCUUACAGUGCGGGAACCGAAUUUUAAAGGCCUUUGCAAACAGUUUGGAUCCAGAUGAGACGCCACAAAACGUGGCGUCUCAUCAGGAUCCAAACUGUUUGCUAUUCUGAUAGUAUUCUUUGAAAAAAAAUCGAAGAAAAUGCUAAUUUUAGAAAUUCUGCAGACGACAUUUUAGCAGACGACAAAUUUCCCAGCAUGCAAAGGGCUAAUAAUUGCUAUGCUUCAACACUAAUAAAAGUAAAUCCCAAAUGUGUGAUUGAAGGCAUUUGCAAGGAUUUAGAUACAUUAUGUAAGAUUCCUCAUAUGGACACUGGACUUUUUUGUUAAUGUAUUAUAUCAGUAUUAACAAAUAAUGUUUUCAUGGAAGUUCUGUUUCACUAUUGUCUUUGAAUGUUUUCCUAAACUCUGAACUUUAUGCUAGUAGUGUAAAAGAAUUGUGAGACAUGUUAAGAUAUCAGAGAAUUAAUAAAUCAUUUUCAUCUUGUGAAAUGCAUUAAUAUGUGUCUUUGUUACCAUUGAAUGGUUUUGUUAUGUUUGGGGAAGAACAAAUGUUAUAAAUUCAUUUUUCAUCUUUUAAAAUAAUGAACAAAAUCAACCAGGGUCAUUGUAUUAUCUUCAAUAGAUGCAAUUUUAAAUAAUACACAAAUGUAUCUCACUUUUGCCAUGGAGCAAAUGUGCAAAUUUUUGCAAGGGCUGUUUUACAGAUUUAUUUGUGAGAAAUAUAUUGACCGUCUUCUUGCCUUUUCUUUAAAAUAUCGUAUUUAUUAUAUUAAUUUAAACAAUCUUUUACAAUCAAAAACUACCAAAACAGUAAGUUUAUAAUCUUUGAAAUUAUUUAAUACACAAUCUUUAUUGUUCUGCAUUUUAUUUGUUUUCUGAGUGGUGUUCAGUUCUUUUUGUUGUGGUAUAAAUUGAUUUGAUAUUGAUAUAAUGAUAUGCAUGUUAUAUACAACAAGCUCAGUUAAUCAACUUAAACAAAUGUCAACUGAACUGACUUGUGAUUGUCCUCCAAUGUUGUUGUCCACUACUCCAUGUACUACAGUAUGCUGGCCUGUGGUUUUAUUGGUGUUGACAUUGGAAUAUUUUGAUUGAAGAAAUGCUAAAUAUAGCUUAAAUAGCAAUCACUUGAUGCGGAAGAGUUCACAUUACUAUAGUCAUGUGAUUUUUAGCUCGACGUUUUUGGAGAAAACCUGAGGUAUUGUCAUAGCCAGCUCGUUGUGUCGUCCGCCAUCUGACGUCCGCGUCGUGCUAAAACCUUAACAUUGGCUCUAAAAUCAAAGUGCUUCCACCUACAACUUUGAAACUUUAUAUGUAGAUGCACCUUGAUGAGUUCUACACGCCACACCCAUUUUGGGGUCACUAGGUCAAAGGUCAAGGUCACUGUGACCUCUAAAAAAAUAAAUAAUCUGACAAGCUUUCAUUUAUUCAAAACUGCACCCGUAGCCGAGCGUGGCACCCGUUAUGCGGUGCUCUUGUUAUAAAACAUAAAUUUAUUCAAUGUAAAGGAUAAAUAAAUCUUCCAGCCUGUAACCAUCGGAAUCCUCAACACUCAGUUGGUAGUGCUGUGGGAAGGUUUGAGAAUAAAUAAAUAAAGAAUAAAGCAUGUUGUAAUUACACAAUUUAAUUUAUUGUUCAUGUUUUAUUAUUAUGUCAUGGUGUGUUUUCAGCCUAAUUAUAGAGGAUAAUUUUGAUGCACAAGAUUGUCCUAGGUUUAUGUAUAUAUGCAUCUGGAUAUGAGGUGCGUAGAUUUUCUUUGCUGUUUAUUGAAAUUUUACUGUUAUUGUCAACUUGGCCUAUAUUUAUAUAUUGUAUUGUUUUUUAAUCAUAAUUUGUUUAAUGAUAUGUGUUUACAAUCGCUUAGUGAAGUUGCUAUACAUGAAACUAUAUAUUUAACAAACUUGUAUACCACACCUUUUCAUAUUGAUAGGGCUUUUGUGGCCCUCUUGUAGUGUUUAUACUAUUCGAGAAGUUACCUUCAAGUGUCAUUUUCUGAGAUAUAAGUUUAAGAUCUUUGUUAGUGAAAUUGUAAUCAACAUUUGAUCAGCAUACCUUUAAUAUGAUUUGUUAUUAAUGUUGAUCAUACUUUAUUGUAUACAUGAAAAACUAAAUUAGUUUACAAGAAUAUUUUCAAGAAGAUUUCUUGAUAAUAUUUUCAAUAGUUAUUUAUUUAUUUUGCACUCAUUUUUAACACAUCCUUACAACUGGUUAAUAUUUUGUUCUCAUUUUUCACUAAGCUAUACAUCUGGUAAAAUCUACUAACAUAAAUUCAACCUAUAUUUAAAAGUAGUCCAAAAUAUGUUAUACAUGUGUGUAUGUUUUGGGGGGAUGGUUUUAUGCCUCCCCCCUUUGAAUAAGGCAGCAUAGAGCAGUCACAUUGUGUGUUGGUAUGUCUGUAUGUGUGAAAUUUCCCUCUCAGCCCUCACAUUGUGAUGGAUUCAACCAUCAUAGGAUAAUGUCCCUACCAUAAAGUUCAAGGUCACUCAUAGAAGCUAAAGUUCAAGUUUGGGCAUAAAAAAGCUUGAAAAUUCCUGCUUCAGCCAUAUCUUUGCUAGCUAUAUACUUGUGCAUUAAAAAAACUUGGCAGAAUGCAUUCCAUUAUAAGGCCAUAUGUUGAGUGCAACACUUGUCUCCCUACCUCAACGGUCAAGGUCACACAUUGUCAUUCAUCAUACUUCUUUAAGAUAACUUACAACUAAAAACUACCAUGAAGAGGCGUUUCCUGUGUAAAACACGUCUCCUUACCUGGGAGGUCAAGUUCACAUAUAGAGGUCAAAGGUCAAAGUCGGCUCAGAAACAGCUUUUCUGGGCUGUAAUUUUGUCAUUCAUAAUUGAAUUGAAAGAUAACAUGCCACAAAUGACUGACUGAGGAUUUUGAGUGUCAAAUGUAUUACCUCUCUCAUUACAUAAAAGAUCAAGAUCACAUAGAUGAUUAAAAGUCAAAUUUUGCCAUAAAUAGCUUUUGUUUGACAUAAGCAGAGAUUUGACCAAAAACAUGUAAUGUGGGCUAUUGCCCUGUGAUCAUGCGACUCUUGUUUUUCUUCAAAGGGGUAUUUGUUUUUUUACAUUCCACUUUAAAAAUUCCAUUCAUUGUUGUCAUUAUAAAAUCAUGGUGUAUUCAGGCUUUCCAGCGUUCCUAGUAUUUCCUAGUUUUUUAAAUGUGCUCCUAGUUUUUCCUAGUUUUGUCUAAAACCUCCUAGUAUUCCUAGUUUUUCAUUACCGGGUCAUUUGGCACUUUUUUGGAUAAGGUAAAACUGUCUUUUAAUGUAUUUAGAUAUUUUGUUUCGAAAUAGGACCUUCAGGUUGUUGAGCUGACAAUAUUUGGUAGUCUUUGUGGAGUCUGGUGUCACUGGUCACAUAGUCUACCCGUGAUACCUGAAAGUUGGACUGAGCUCUGUGAUGACUACAAAUGAAAACUUAUGCCUAUAUUCUGAAACGUUCCUCCUCUCAACCCAACCUCAGUUAAAUCCAAUCAGUAUAACUACGCACGUGAUUUUAUCUAACGUUCCUCUCUUUCACUCACAUUGGUAUUCACAAACAAAAGGACAGCUCGAGGUUCCUUGACUGAGGGAGGAUACGGUGAGGUAGUGAAGUUGUUCCUCGAGUCUCACUCAAAGUAUUUUUUUUAUGAAUACCAAAACAGAAGCUCGUACAACUAUAUGUUUAUUUUUUUAUUUUUAGUUAUUUCAAAGUGUGGGUAACCUGAAAAAUACACUGUAUGGCGGGUUAAUGGAACCACAAAAUCUUGUGUUCAUGGAUAGGUAGGUAGGUUAGCGUUUGUUUUUCAUUGAACCUUUUUACUUACAAACAAGCCACUUCAUAAUGCACCAACAAUAUCCAUAGACAGAAAUCUUCAUAAUGUCUAUGCAACAUCCUUUUAGUUUAUAACUAUGUAAAGUUGGACAAAACAAUUUUCUGCUACAAAGUCGAUUCGAAAUAACAAAACAAAUUUUAGGGUCGCAACAAAAAAAUAGGGUCGCACGGGUUAUUCAAAACAAACAUUUUUCACACAUAUGAAUAUGUAAAUUACACGUGUAUAAAUAUUAUUUUGAUAAACCGAUUAUUUUGACAUUUUGCUAUUGAACGGAUUGUAUACAAUAGGUGCCCAACAAUACACAUUCACACACAUUCACAAUUUGUCGACUCCUCCAGCUCUCCUCGACUAAGUAAACACUGUGAAUACCAAUCUCUUCCUUGACUCAAACUAACCAAAGGCGCCCUCGAGCCUUCCUUAGUCGAGGUUGAGUGACGUUCUAGAAUAUAGCCACUAUUCAGCUUAACAGUCCUGUUGUAUGAAAUGUGUUCGGUUACUGUGGUAAUCAGGUAUGGAAAAGUCGAAAAGGUAAUAAACUUCUUAGUCGUUACUCCUAGUUUUUGUUUCCACCUUCCUACAUUUUCCUAGUUUUUAUCCCCCGCCAGAGGCGGAGGGAUAUUGUUUUGGCGUCCGUCCGUCCGUAUGAGUAUAUAUAUGCAUAAGAGGAUGAUGCACGCCAAAUGGCAUUGUAUACUAUCUGUUAAUAACAGAGUUAUGGCCCUUUGUAUCUUGAAAAAAUGCUUUUGACUAUAGGCACUUUUGUGUCUGGAGCCAUAUCUUGGAAGUGCUUUGGCGGAUUUCAUUGAAACUUGGUAUGAGUAUAUAUCCCCCGCCAGAGGCGGAGGGAUAUUGUUUUGGCGUUGUCCGGCUGUCCAUCCGUCCGUCACUUUUGUGUCCGGAUCCAUAUCUUGCAAGUGCUUUGGCGUAUUUCAUUGAAACUUCACAUGAGUAUAUAUAUAUAUAUGCAUAAGAGGAUGAUUCAGGCCAAAUGGCAUUGUACACUAUCUGUUAAAACCAGAGUUAUGGCCCUUUGUAUCUUGAAAAAAUGCUUUCUACUAAAGGCACUUUUGUGUCCGGAGCCUGUCAGUAUGUUCAUCCGUUCGAUAUGCACCCAUCCUCAAACAAAGCAUAUGUUGCCGGGGAUAUCAAUUCUACGAAUUUGCUUGUUUGUAAAUAAUUUUCCUAGUUUUCUCCUAGUAUUUUCAAAGGUGCUGCUGGAAAGCCUGUGUAUUUAAAAAUGCUAUUUUGGGGUGAAAUUGAUUUUCAAAAAUUAAGCAUUUUGAAAAUAUUUGAUUUUUGUAUGUACCAUAGAUGCAGUUUUAUAAUUUGUUACAAAUAAAAGAAAUAUUACUUAAACAUGUUCAGCAAUGUUAUUUCUAGAUCGAAAGUAAGCCUCAAAUAAAUAAAACCAACAGUUUGGAUUAAAAACAACAACUUAAGUCUGAAAAAAAGCCUGCACACUGUUUUAGCAUGCCCAACAUCAAGCCAACUUACAAUUUGACACCCCCCCCAAAAGUCCUUUUGCCAAAACUUAACAGUACUAGUAUGUGGCUGUCGUAUCCGCAACUGUAGUUUACCAGUGACCAUUGUCUAUCAAUUAUUGAGUUGACCUGUCAUGGGUUUCUAUUUGUACUUACCCGGUAGUUGAAAAGAAAAGCACACGGCCAAAUAAUCUAUUUGCAAGAACUUUGAAGUCUUAAUUGGCAGUUGUUGGAAACAUUGAUUUUGUAGUGAUAUUUCAAUUCAAACUUUUAUUUAAAAACAAAAUUUAAACAACAAUACUUGUUUUAUACUCAGAACACUUAAUAUAACAGAUUAUGUUGUAUAGUUUGUAGAAAUAGUAUAUGAUCUGAAAAUAUUCAGCGUAAUAAAGGUCAAACAAAUUUGUUUAUAAUUUGUGAUGUUGUUGACUUUAAAAUUGUAUUUAUUAAUUUUUGUCUAUUUCAAUUUGCAUUUAAUGACUAGUAUUUGGUCUUUUGUAUGGUACAUGAUAUGUUUAUUAUAUUGUUGUAAGUUAUUUUGCACAUUUUUGGUGUUUCAAAGAUUUUAUUUAGAAUAUAUAUUUGGAUUAUAUUAAUUCUUAAUGAUAUACUCAAUGUUAAUUUCCCGAUAUCCGAACAUUUACGAGCCAAAGUGAGACUGGCUUUGGGCAGCUUCGGAAGGACGAUGUGUUCAUGAGAGGGUUAUUGUGCUUCCAAAGCAGUCCGAAGCCAAUGUCGCGCUUGGCGUAAAUGUUCGGAUAGCGAAACCAGAAAUUCACAUGGAAUAUAUUGUGACACAAAAAAAAAACAACUAGCAUUGUGUUUAGCGUUCAAGCGAUGUUACAAGACCACAUCUAGCGUUGAAAUUUUAAAAGGAACAUUGAUUUUUCAUUUGUUGACUUUAUUUUUCGAAAAAUUAUACUAAAUAUUCGUUGAUUUUGAGUGUUUAUGAGCUUUUAAGGUUUUGGCUGAAUUUUAAGGCAUUAUUUUAAAUGCAUUUAAGAAGUGACUGUUAUUUUCAAUGGUGCAAUGUAUGUGUGCUUGUGUCUUAUAUAUAGUAUUUGACAACUCAAUUUCACUUUUAUGUUGUUGUUUUUAGCUCACCAGAGCAUAACCUGCUCAUAAUGAGCUUUUGUGAUCACCUUUUGUUCCUCGAUCAUAUAGCGACAUUAGUUACCUUCUCAACACUCUAGAGGUGGCAUGUAUUGCCCAAAUUUCAUGAAACAUGGACAGAACAUUUGCUGGAUUAUUAUAUGUUGGACGAGUUAAAAAAUGGGUCAUCACAUGGUUAAAAAAAAAAUAGGUCACAAGCUCAAAUUGAUGAAAAAGCUUGUCAAAAUUAGAAAUCACAUUUAAAGUCCAAUUUGUAUGAAACUUUCUCAGAAUGAUGGUCCCAUUGAUAUCUCAGGGCACUUUUCCUGAUACGGCUGUGCACUUUUCCUGAUAUGGCUGUACUCAAACAUUGUGCCCCCUAUCUUGUCUCAGGGCACUUUUCCUGAUAUGGCUGUACUCAAACAUUGUGCCCCCUAUCUUGUCUCAGGGCACUUUUCCUGAUAUGGCUGUACUCAAACAUUGUGCCCCCUAUCUUGUCUCAGGGCACUUUUCCUGAUAUGGCUGUACUCAAACAUUGUGCCCCCUAUCUUGUCUCAGGGCACUUUUCCUGAUAUGGCUGUACUCAAACAUUGUGCCCCCUAUCUUGUCUCAGGGCACUUUUCCUGAUAUGGCUGUACUCAAACAUUGUGCCCCCUAUCUUGUCUCAGGGCACUUUUCCUGAUAUGGCUGUACUCAAACAUUGUGCCCCCUAUCUUGUCUCAGGGCACUUUUCCUGAUAUGGCUGUACUCAAACAUUGUGCCCCCUAUCUUGUCUCAGGGCACUUUUCCUGAUAUGGCUGUACUCAAACAUUGUGCCCCCUAUAUUGUCUCAGGGCACUUUUCCUGAUAUGGCUGUUCUAAAACAUUGUGCCCCCUAUCUUCAUGAAAACUUGUCACACACAGUCAAAAUCUUGGUCACUUGGUCAAAUUUAAGAAAAAGUUUGUAAAUACUCUAAAGGAUACAUUAAUUGUCCAAUCGUUAUGGCAAGUUUGAAAAUGGAUCAUGAGCGAUCAAAAACUACGCCACCAAGUCUAGUUAAAGAAAAGGCUUAUGAACUUGCUAGAGGCAAUAUUUACUGUCUAAUGAUAGUCUCUCAAUUUGAUUUAUACAUAAUUAACAUGUGAACUAUUGAACUAAACAGUCUCUUGCAGGAGAAACAACCAGAUACUGACUGACUGGGUUGUUCUAGUAGGGUUGUCCCCCAUAAAUUAUUCGUAUAAAUUUAGCCUAUGUUGAUGUUCAAUCAGUGUUGGAAAUAUUUUCAAUUAUCAAAAGGUUGUCAUAAUAAUGUGCCGAGAAAUUAUAUUAAUGUUUCAUGAAGGAAUUUUAUUCUUCUGAACUGCAUCUAGGUGAGCGGCUUAGGGCCCAUUGCUCUCGUUCUUAUAUCUUGGAUGAGGUCUAAAAUAGUUCUUGAAACAUUGCAAUUAGCUCAAGGAAACAAUAAGGUCAUUACGUUCAAUGGUGAGCAACAUACGGCGUUUGGCCUUCUUUAUUUUUUACUGCUUAUUUUUAAAGCAGAGUUGUUGUUUUCUUUUUACUUUGGUCAAAUCUGAAUAAAGAGGCAGUUUAUUUCUCAUUAAAUAUUUAAUGGUGCAAAAGGGCAGCAUUGUAUGAUUAAACUUGCCCUAACCCUAACCCGCUCCAAUCUUUUGGGGCCAAAUUCUUUUGAACAACUGAUCUUUUAUUGUGGCCUCAUUUGAAACUGGUUUUUUUGCUUAUUUAGAUGUGGUACAAAUAAAUAUGACCUUUA